AUGGCCGAAGUAGCAGCAGGCGCGUGGGUAGCAGCAGAAGUCGUCGAGCACACAGCAGAAGCAGGCUAUGCGGCAUACCUGGUCUCCAAACCAACACUGCCCCUUAAAGUGACAUUCACGCGGAUAGCUACGGCAACAGGCGACCCAUCAGCACGCUCGUUGGCUCGCUCCAACCACACAGUUACAGUGAUUGACAACAAAGCCUACAUUUUCGGUGGCGACACCGCGAGUAAUGCUCUUGCUAGUAACGAUGUCCAUGUCGUUACUCUCGAGCGGUCUGGGAAGCCGGAAAUGGAUUACAGUAUGAUUCCCGCGUUGCCAACGUCUGAGAACCAGCAGACGCCACCGGCAAGAUCGAACCACGCAGCUUGUGCUUUCCAUGGAAACAUUGCAAUAUAUGGCGGCAGUGAUUCAAGCGGAACUCUUAUCGAUGAAAAGUCUUCUAUCUGGCUUUUCAGCCCAGAAAGAAAGACCUGGGAUCUUCUCGAACCGUCCAAGGGGGAUGUCGAUACUGGCACUAUUGGCCCAGGACCACGUCGAAACGCACAAUUAUUCGCAAACGAUCAGCACGUAGUACUUUUUGGUGGAAUCGAUGGCUCAGGCGAUCACGCAUCAGAUCUCUGGCAGUUCGACGUUGCAGCCCGUUACUGGACACAGCUUCCUACUGCACCGGUCGCAACAUCAAACGCAUCGCUGGCAAGCGGACAGCUUUGGUUGAUAUCCGGUAACGACCCGAUGAGCAGCCAGCUCCAUCACAUCAGUAUCAAUUCUCCAAGCGAAGAAAAGAAGUGGGAGUCUUUUACCUUCCCAACCAAUCCUCUCGCCCCUGGACCCCGAGCAAGACACGAUGGCGCUCUACUUCCCGUCACGACUGGCUGGGGCCGCAAUUACCUCGUUUACCUCUUUGGAGUCCGGGGCGGAUCUGAUACGGAAACGCAUGCUGUAGCCCCAGAAGAUUCUAAAGAUGCGGGUCAAAUAACGCAGUUUAGCGAUACAUGGGCACUCCAGAUUCCAUCGAGCGACUUGGAGCCAAAGGCGUCCAUGACACUAAAAAAUGCGAUCAACCCUGCAAAACUCAAGGAUGCUAUCAGAUCCGCUGUUGGUGCUGAGACUGGCCAUCUCUCAUGGGCAGAAGCAGUGGUUCAACUUCCGUCGGACAAGCAACUAGACGAGGAUGGAAAGCUUCAUCCCGGUCCACGAGCUUUCUUCGGCGCAGACGUAAUGAAGGGGGGUAACGGUGUCGUAUUCUGGGGUGGCGUAGACGCAAAAGGGGAGAGGGUAGGCGAUGGCUGGAUCUUGAAGUUUGACUGA